CCGCCUCCUCGGGAGUUCUCACGCCCCCUCCCUCCCCCCGUGCUGGAAAAUGGCUGUGCAGGGCAGCAGGGAGUUAUGAAGGGGGAAAGAAACAAGAAGACGCUGCAGAAAAGAAAAACAAGAAGGACUCUCCUCUACAAGUUCCGCGCACAACUGGAACAAAAAAGAAGUACUUUUUUUUUUCGCCAUAUCGGACGCGCUCCCGUCUGCCAUUUUUGCAGUUGUUAGAGGCGACGCAGCAAAAAGUGAGAAGACUGAAGAAAUAUCCACGGGUUGGCCGUAAUCCCCGUCCAGGACAUGCGGGAGCGUCACAGAACCGAAGAGGAUUAAAGACCGUCCCAGUCCGCCACCGGCACUCCUGAUUUGGACCACUUGGUCGGAGCGCAGCGGACCUGGCAAGAGCAUGUUGCCCACGCUCUCCCUCUGCUCCAUCGUCUGGCUCAACCGGGGUAUCAAGCUGAGGAAAGUGCACCACUUCACCAACACCGGUCAGGUCUGAGAGCAGAGUCGGAAGGUCGGACUUGUGAAAAUGCUCCUCAGCUUCGGGUGACUCUGGCGUCCCUCGACAUCGUCGUCAUCUUCAGUGACUCAUAAACCUUUCCGGUUCCCCCGGCCGUGUAAUCCGCUUGUCGGCGGCCAUUUUGAAUUGUGCUCCCCCCCACGCAAAAUGGCAACGGAGGGCUUCCAGUACCGGGCGCUGUACGCCUUUGCUAAAGACCAGGAGGAGGACCUGGACCUGCAGCCGGGGGACCUGCUGGUGGUGAGCAAGGCGUCCCUCCUGUCCAUGGAGAACUACCACCCGGGCCGCGCCGAGGAGCCGGAAUGCCUGGGCUGGCUCCUGGGGUACAACGAGCGCUCCAAGCAGAGAGGCGACUUCCCCGGGACCUACGUCCAGUACGUGGGCCCCGUCAUGAUGGCGCUCCCGUCCAGUCAACCCCGGUCUCAGCGGCCGCUGCCUGCCGCGCCGACACCGGACACGUGUCAAGCUGCUUCAGUGCCCGACCUGACUGAGCACUUCACACCACCAGAGACGGCUCCCGCGGCCCUUGUCCGCCUGGUCCAAGCCAUAGAGCAGAGAGGUCUGGACUCCACAACUCUGUACAGGACGACUGCGAGUUCCUCCGUGUCAGACAGCCUCAGUCCUGAGAGUGAUAUCAGUCGGACCGAUGUGUCCGUCCUGUCAGAGGGGGUCUUGCACUACCUGAGAGACCUCCCUUCGCCCGUCAUCCCUGCCUGUACCUACGCUGCGUUGCAGGCUGCCGUCACUCAGCAGCAGCAGCAGGCUCUCCAACAGUCCACAGACGGUGCCGUCGCCGGCAGCCACGACAGAGAAGUCAGUCACGUCCUGGAGAACUCGGCCGCCGUGCCGCUCCAUCACCGCCUCACCCUGCAGUUCCUGCUGGCACACCUGGCCAAGGUCACGCAGGCCCAGGCCUGCAACGGCUUGGACACGCACACACUGGGGAAGAUCUUUGGACCGCUGUUGAUGAGGACGGGUCUGCCUGCUCCCAGGUUGUCUUUGGAUGAGGAGUUACCUGCUCUGGUGGUGGAAAGGCUUCUGAUUGAGAGAACUGCAGAACAAGACCUCACUCCCCCAGUUCUUCCAGCAAAGCCGGCGAAAUCAAAAAUGCCACCAUCAGCUUUGACGGACAUGAGCACCUUUCUCAGCGACGCAGAGUGGUACUGGGGAGAAAUUUCCAGAGAGGAGGUGAACGAGAAAUUGAGAGACACUCCUGAUGGCACCUUUCUGGUUCGAGACGCCUCAAGCAAGCUGGAGGGCGAGUACACGCUCACCCUCAGGAGAGGCGGGAACAACAAACUGAUAAAGAUCUACCACGGAGACAGCCGUUACGGCUUCUCGGAGCCUCUCACCUUCCUGUCCGUGGUUGAGCUCAUCAACCAUUACCGCCAUGAGUCCUUGGCCCAGUACAACCCGAAGCUGGACACUAGACUCCUGUACCCCGUCUCCAAAUACCAACAGCUGGUGAAGGAGAACAGCAUCGAGGAGGUUGGUGAGCAGCUGAAGGUCUAUCAUGAGCAGUACCAGGAGAAGAGUCGCGAGUACGACGCCCUGUAUGAGGAGUACACACGGACCUCACAGGAGCUGCAGAUGAAGCGCACGGCCAUCGAGGCCUUCAACGAGACCAUCAAAAUAUUUGAAGAGCAAUGUGAGACCCAGGAGCGCUACAGCAAAGAGUCUUUGGAGCGGUUCCAGCGCGAGGGCAAUGAAAAGGAGAUUCAAAAGAUCCACAGCAACUCCGAGCGAUUGAAGUCUCGCGUGAAGGAGAUCCACGACAGCAAGCGGAAGCUGGAGCAGGACUUGCGGGAGCAGGUGUCCGACAACAGGGAGAUCGAUAAAAAGAUGAACAGCCUCAAGCCGGAUCUUAUGCAGCUCCGCAAGAUCAGAGACCAAUACUUAAUAUGGCUGACACAGAAGGGUACAAGGCAGAAGAAGAUAAACGAAUGGCUCGGCAUAAAGAACGAUGCUGACGACUCGUACUCGCUGGAGGAUGACGAGGGCUCGCCCCACCAUGAUGAGUGCACCUGGUACGUGGGCGACAUCAAGCGCACCCAGGCUGAGGAAAUGCUGAGGGGCAAAUGUGACGGAACCUUCCUCAUCCGUGAGAGCCAAUCACAGAAGGGCUCGUACGCCUGCUCCGUUGUCGUGGACGGCGAGGCCAAACACUGCGUCAUCAACAAGACGUCCACGGGCUACGGCUUCGCCGAGCCGUACAACCUCUACGCCUCCCUGAAAGACCUGGUGCUCCACUACAAAAACGUCUCCCUGAUCCAACACAACGACCAGCUGAAUGUAAACCUGGCGUACCCGGUCCUGGCCCGCUCGCAGAAUCAGAACCAGCACCCCAGAUGAACCCACCCCCCCCCAGGCGGGCAAAGGGGGAGGGGCGAGGGGGACAGCUUUCACUUUUAACGCCGAAGAAGGGUUGGUCGUUCCCGGUUUUUAAACGACGAGUCCGAUCGGCUAAGCGAGCAUGACUAUGGAGCUCGAGGCGGGUGGGGUGGGAGGAUGUGUUUUUUUUCCCACGGAACCCACUUUUUGCGAGCAGCAUGGCUUUUUACGGUAAGCACAGCAACUUGCAACUCGCCACUGUACAGUUCAGCAUGACGUGACCGUUCAGCGUCGGUCGCACCCACCCAGUCUGACACAUUUACAAGCACACCUGGAUUCCGAGGACGCGUUACAGGAGAAGCACACUUUUUAAAGAGUGGGGGGAGUCAGUUUGAGGACAGGAAAAUUGAAUUUUUGUUGCUUUUCGCCUUAAACUCCUGACUGUUUGUAGACAAAGGCUCCGAGCUGUUAUCCCCCAGACUGCCUGCCGACGCUCCGUAGACAAAAGCCUGAGCUGGAGAAGGGACCGGCUGGGCUCGCUUCACACCUCCAGAGGGCGGAGAAGAGGGUGGUGUCGUCACUGGAGCCUGGGAGACAAGGAAAGGCCAAGGUACAUUUUGUGGCGUGGAUAUGUUUUUUUUUUUGGGUUGGGGGAGGAACGACGAACUGACGCUCACGUCAUAGCUUUGAAUGACCACCAGCCUGUGUCACUAGUAGAGAGUGGUGCCAGCUUUAAAAUAAACUUUAUUUUUGAGGGGGAGGGGUUAAAAGUUCUUUAUUUUCAAGCGCUUCGGCUCCUUGCUCUCUCUCAGCAAGCCCGCGUUUGAACCGAGGUACACAACAGCGCAUGGUACGUACCGUUCGGUGCAGCAGGGAAAUAUUUUUCCCGUAUUUUGUUACGCCUUAUUCCAAAAUGGAUUCCAUUCAUUAUUUUUUGUCAUCAAAAUCCUACACACAAUAACCCUGACUCUGUGAAAAGUUGUUCUUUGUCGUGGCGGCGAUUAAAUUAGAACCUACUCAGUGGCCUAAUGGUUAGAGUGUCCGCCCUGAGAUCGGUAGGUUGUGAGUUCAAACCAGACAGACAUUGAUUAUUGAUUUUUGCAGUUCCUCUAUUCAGGUUGACUGAAGUUGUCGAAAGAUUCCUGCAUCCAGCUUGGUUUCUAGAUCCUCUUUAAGACCGUAGCGCCUGUAGACAUGGACGUAACUGUUAGUGCUUCUGUUUGUGCCCCGAGUCCCGCUUCCGCCAUCCUAGUCACUGCCGUUGUGUCCUUGGGCCAGACACUUUACCCACCUGCUCCCAGUGCCACCCACACUGGUUUAAGCAACUUAGAUAUUGGGUUUCACUAUGUAAAGCACAUAAGCGCUAUAUAAAUAUAAUUCACUUCACUUAUAUACACUACAUAUAUUACAAUAUAGCUCGGUUGGUAGAGUGGCCGUGCCAGCAACUUAAGGGUUCCGGGUUUGAUCCCCGCUUCCGCCGUCCUAGUCACUGCCGUUGUGUCCUUGGGCAAGACACUUUACCCACCUGCUCCCAGUGCCACCCACACUGGUUUAAAUGUAACUUAGUCAUUGGGUUUCACUAUGUAAAGCGCCUUGAGUCACGAGAGAAAAGCGCUAUAUAAAUAUAAUUCCCUUACUUCAAAGUGUUGAGCCACGGCUGUGAAUACUUAUACCUUUUUUUGUGUAUUUUUGUCUUUGACGCAUUUUCAGAGUUAAAAAAAUACCUCCAUAUUGUCAUGAUGGGGUAUUGUGUGUAGAAUUUUGAGGACAAAAAUGAACGUAUCCCAUUUUGGAACUAGGCUGUAAAAUAUGGGAAAAGGCGAAGAGCUGUGAAUACUUUCCGGAUGCUCCGUAUUUGGUAUGUUGUGAGCUACUUUUCAAUCACAAUACACCAGACGGACAUUGAUUAUUGAUUAUUGAUUUUCGCGGUUCCUCUAUUCAGGUUGACUGAAGUUGUCGAAAGAUUCCUGCAUCCAGCUUUGUUUCUAGAUCCUCUUUAAGACCGUAGCACCUGUAGCCAUGGACGUAACUGUUAGUGCUUCUGUUUGUGCCCGCCGCUUGCAGAGCAUCAAGCCAUGUGAUUGUUGUAUCCACGGUACUGUCUCUCCUUUCCUCGAGGUACUUGCUUUGUCCGCUAGUAUUCAACUCGCAGUACUUCUUCCCCUCCUUGCGCUUGACUGUUGUCGGGUUUUUUUAUCACAAACUUGACUCACAGAGCUGUAGAACAUUUAAUGUACAGAGAAAAGAGAAGAGUAUAUUUCAGCCAUACAUGCAGUUGGUGUGUGUGUGUGUGUUUUGUAAUUCUACCCUUCUUGAGACAUCAGUAAGGAAAAGUACGGUCCAUAUGAGGACCGGUGAACAAGUUAGGACGGAAAACAUGAUCCCAAUACGGGAAAACCAUCGCAUCAAAUAGAAAAUGUCUCAUCAAAAUUAAGGUGGUCCCCAGAAGGACAGAUUUUUCAAAUUCCACAAGGAAAAGCACAGGCAAUAUGGGGACCUGUGAACAAGUUGGGACCGAAAUCAUGGUCCCAAUACCGGAAAACCAUCGCAUCAAAUAGAAAAUGUCUCAUCAAAAUUAAGGUAGUCCCCAGAAGGACAGAUUUUUCAAAUUCAACAAGGAAAAGCACAGGCAAUAUGGGGACCUGUGAACAAGUUAGGACCGAAAUCAUGGUCCCAAUACGGGAAAACCAUCGCAUCAAAUAGAAAAUGUCUCAUCAAAAUUAAUGUGGUCCUAAAACGGACGGAUUUUUCAGAUUCAACAAGGAAAAGUAUGGUCCGUAUGAGGACCUGUGAACAAGUUAGGACCGAAAUCAUGGUCCCAAUACGGGAAAACCAUCGCAUCAAAUAGAAAAUUUCUCAUCAAAAUUAGGGUGGUCCUAUAAAAGACGGAUUUUUCAGAUUCAUCAAGGAAAAGUACGGUUCGUAUGAGGACCGGUGAACAAGUUAGGACCGAAAUCAUGGUCCCAAUAUGGAAAACCAUCGCAUCUGAUCGAUAAUGUCUCAUCAAAAUUAGGGUGGUCCUAAAAAGGACGGAUUAUUCAAAUUCAACAAGGAAAAUUACGGUCCAUGUGAGGACCGGUGAACAAGUUAGGACCGAAAUCAUGGUCCCAAUACGGAAAACCAUCGCAUCUGAUAGAAAAUGUCUCAUCAAAAUUAGGGUGGUCCUAAAAUGGACGGAUAUUUCAAAUUCAACAAGGAAAAUUACGGUCCAUGUGAGGACCGGUGAACAAGUUAGGACCAAAAUCAUGGUCCCAAUACCGAAAACCAUCGCAUCUGAUAGAGAAUCCAUCCAUCCAUCCAUCUUCUUCCGCUUAUCUGAGGUCGGGUCUCGGGGGCAGCAGCCUAAGCAGAGAAUCCCAGAAUUUCCUCUCCCCAGCCACUUCGUCCAGCUCUUCCUAAGGGAUCCCAAGGCGUUCCCAGGCUACAAAUAGUCUUCCCAAUGUGUCCUGGGUCUUCCCCGUGGCCUCUUAUCGGUCGGACGUGCCUGAAACACCUCCCGAGGGAGACGUUCGGGUGGCAUCCAGACCAGAUGCCCGAAUCACCUUAUCUGGCUUCUGUCCAUGUGGAGGAGCAGCGGUUUUACUUUGAACUGCCCCCGGAUGACAGAGCUUCUCACCCUAUCUCUAAGGGAGAGACCCACCACCCGGCGGAGGAAACUCAUUUCGGCCACUUGUACCCGUGAUCUUAUCCUUUCGGUCAUAACCCAAACCUCAUGACCAUAGGUGAGGAUGGGAACGUAGAUCAACCGGUAAAUUGAGGGCUUUGCAUUCCGGCUCAGCUCCUUCUUCACCACAACGGAUCGACACAGCGUCCGCAUUACUGAAGACGCCGCAUUGAUCCGCCUCUCGAUCUCACCAUCCACUGUUCCCUUACUCGUGAACUAAACCCCGAGGUACUUGAACUCCUCCACUUGGGGCAAGAUCUCCUCCCUAACUUGGAGAUGGCACUCCUCUCUUUUCCGGGCAAGAACCAUGUACUUGGACUUGGAGGUGCUGAUUCUCAGCCCGGUCGCUUCACACUCUGCUGCGAACCAAUCCAGUGAGAGCUAAAGAUCCUGGCCAGAUGAAGCCAUCAGGACCACAUCAUCUGCAAAAUGGAGAGACCUAACCCUGCAGCCACCAAACCGGAACCCCUCAACGCCUUGACUGCGCCUGGAAAUUCUGUCCAUAAAAGUUAUGAACAGAAUGAGUGGCAAAGGAGUCCAACCCUCACUGGAAACGGGUCUGACUUACUGCAAGCAGUCGGCCUGGAUCAUGUUUUGUUAUUUUCUGUUAGUUUUGGACUCCCUUAGGGGGGUGUAGCAGUAGCUUUGGACUUUCACAAUAUUAUGCUAGACAGACUUGACGUCCAUUGCAUCCGGUCUCCCCUUGAGAUGGGGUGGGGCUCUGCGGUCCUCUCCAAGGUUUCUGUUAGUCAUUCUCAUUGACAUCCCACUGGGUUGUGAGUUUUUCCUUGCCCCUUAUGUGGGAUCUGAACCGAGGAGGUGCUUGUGGCUUGUGCAGCCCUUUGAGGCACUUGUGAUUUAGGGCUAUAUAAAUAAACAUUGAUUUAUUGAUUGAUUGAUACUGCGGGGUUCGUUCCCCUGGGAUGCAGACGGACCACUCCGGACAAGGCAUGCAGGUAGGAACAUGAUUUAAUCUACAAAAUUAAAACAGGUGCCAAAAACAGAACACGAGCGGAAGGAACAAGGGGCCGAUCGCAUGGGAAGCCAAGGUACCAAGUUAGCUCAGGAGUCAAGAAAAACUAACGUAACUUGUUGCGUUCGACAUUGAAGUCAGGCCGACUGACCGGCAAAGGCAGGAUUAAAUAGUCCCUUUUGAUUAGUGCUCAGGAAACAGGUAAGCGUCCCGAAAACCAAUCAGAGACAGGUGGAAACAACAAGCCCCCAUGGUAACUAAAAACAAACUCUAGUCCAGGGGUAGGGAACCUAUGGCUCUAGAGCCAGAUGUGGCUCUUUUGAUGACUGCAUCUGGCUCUCUGAUAAAUCUGAGCUGACAUUCCUUAACACGAUAAGUAAUGAAUAAUUCCACUUGUAAUCACAGUGUUAAAAAUAAUGUUCAAAAUAUAAAACAUUCUCAUGCAUUUUUAAUCCAUCCGUCUGUUUUCUACCGCACCUGUUCAAGAAGUUGAGUUAAUGGUAAGAAGUUAUUUAUUUAUUAAUGGUUAGUGUGGGACUUGCCCUCCUGGGGGUUCUUCAGACCCCCAAGCACCGACAUGAGAGCCUGUUUCAGGGUUACAAUAUUGUUUUAUUUUUCAAUAAGUCUCUCAUUUGCUUUCCAGCAAUAGUUUUUUCCAGCCCCAACCCCAUCUCUCCUCCUGGCUGCUGCUUAUAACAGAGCGACAGGUGAUUAGAUAACAAGGCCCAGGUGGGCCGUCUACGCACCUGUCGCUGCAGGCCCGCAGGCCACGCCCCCUCCACAGUUAGCUUCAGAAUAACAAUGUUAUUACAAAGAAUAAGAGACCUAUUAUACUCUAGAAAUGUUGGUCUUACUUAAAAAUGCACGUGUUUAGUUGUGUUCAGUGUUAAAAAAAAAUAUUAUAUGGCUCUUACGGAAAUAUAUUUUAAAAUAUUUGGCUUUUUGGCUCUCUCAGCCAAAUAGGUUCCCGACCCCUGCUCUAGGGUGAACAAUAACAAAACUAACAGAAAAUAACAAAACAUGAUCCAGGCCACGGAACACGACCAAAUUAAUACAAAUAAAUCAAAUAAAUAUGUAUCUACUGUAGAGACAUAUAAAGAUUAAAAAACAAUUAUAAACAAAACAAAAAAUCCAAAAAGCUUGUCUUUUUUUAUUUUUUACAUAGUAUGUAUAUAUUAUUAAUGUUGUAAAUACAAAUCUUUAUAUAUUUCGAAAGGGUGGUCUUAAAAAGGUAGGCAUUUUCCAGAGGUCUCAAGAAGGUCCGAACUACAAGAGUGUGUGUUUGUGGCGCUUAGCUUCCGUUUCCUGCAUCCAGCUAAUGUCCGCCGAAUGAAGGAUGUCUUUUUUUAUUAUUUUUUUUCACGUAGCAAGACAACUCAAAGCUAGUCCUUCCUGUUUGGUGUCCGACGUGUACCGUGAACGCAUGACACGGGCGCUUGUACUAUGCAGAAGAAUCGCUUUCCUUUCCUCUCGUCUCCCCCCUUUUUUUUUUGUUUCGAUUCAGGUUUCACUUUCAAAGCACAACGCUAAGUCGAAAUCUCACAUGCCAAAAAAAAAAAAACACAACGUAUUUUUGUAGAGUGUUUUUGCAAAGGGGACACAAGUUCGAUCAGGCGAGAGGAGUGUGAUGGACUAGAAAAGAUGUAUUUUUGUUAUCGGGAAAGUUGAAUAAUUAGCACAGGGGGGCAAAAAAAAAAAACACGCACGCCUUAGCUAUCAGGAAAUAACGAGUCUUUUUGCAACGUUUACCGCUACUUUUAGUCCGAAUGAAAGCAGCUCUCCCCACACGCCCAUGUCCGUGGUUUUGUACCUCGCACACACGUCUGUCGGCAGUUGAACGAGAGGUGAGGGCUUAGAAAAGGGAAACUGCACUUUAUUUUGAAAUUUUGCCUAUGGUUCAUCGUCAAUACGAGGGACAAGACCUUUUUUUAAUGCAUUCAAACUGGUAAAUAAAAGACCAGAAAAGACGCUCUGUUCCAACCUCCUUUUUUCUUGGUGAGGAUUGAGUUAUUCUUCAUCUAAACGAAAUAUAUCAACUUUCAGUGAUGGCCAGUAACAAGAUACAUGUAGUUACGCUACUAAGUAGCGUAACUACAUUUCCUCGUAAAUCAAUCAAUCAAUCAAUGUUUACUUAUAUAGCCCUAAAUCACUAGUGUCUCAAAGGGCGGCACAAAUCACAACACAAACCACUACGACAUCCUCGGUAGGCCCACAUAAGGGCAAAUAAAAGUUUGCUUGUAGUGGAGUUAAUGCAAGGAUCAUGAAGUGCCAACAAUACUCCAUUUAAAGUUUGUGACGUGAUUAUUAACAAGUACUAGUGAUAUUGUUAUUAUAAGUGCUAACGCAGACGGAAUAUUUUUAGCGUCGCACAUCAGAGUUUGUGGCUUCUCUCUAUCAUGGAUUGAAAAAUAUACCGUAUAUAAAUCUAAGCAUAUUCUCUGCAGUUUUGCCCCAAAUUAAGCAUUUUUGAGCAUAAAAACGGCUAAAUUGACUAAAAAAUGUCAAUACUGCAUUUUUGGGGGAACUCAUACAGCAUUAUUAUACAGCAGAGCUACUUUCUCGCCUCGUAGUUCGUGAAAGUUUGUUUUAGGUCUUAAAUAGUCCCCUCUCACCUGGACAGUACAAGGAUGAGGACGUAAUCCGACAAAUUGGUACACUUUGGCAUCCAAUUUAGACCCGGUUUUCUUUGUGAGGAUUAUGAGUUAUUCUUCAUCUAAACGAAAUAUAUCAACUUUCAGUGAUUGCCAGUAACAAUAUACAUGUAGCUAAGAUACUACCUAGGUUAACUACAUUUCCUCGUAAAUAAAAGUUUGCAUACAGUGGAGUUAAUGCCAGGCCCAUAAAGUACUAACAAUAUUCUAUUUAAACUUUCUGACUAUUAUUAACAAGUAUUACUGAUAUUGUUAUUAUAAGUUCUAACGCAGACAGACUAUUUUUAGCGUCGCGCUUCAGAGUUUGUGGCUUCACUGUUGUGUGGAUUGAAAAAAUAAUUAAAAUCUAAGCAUAUUCUCUGCAGUUUUGGCCCAAAUUAAGCAUUUUUGAGCAUAAAAACGGCUAAAUUGACUAAAAAAUGCCAAUACUGAAUUUGUUUUGGGAACUUAUACAGCAUUAUUAUACAGCUGAGGUGCUUUCUCGCCUCGUAGCUCGUGAAAGUUUGUUUUAGGUCAUAAAUAUUCCCCUCUCACCUGGACAGUACAAGGAUGAGGACGUGAUCCGACAAAUUGGUCCACUUUGGCAUCCAAUUUAGACCCGGAAAUGGCGACACAGACCCGAAAAGACGCUCGGUUCCAACCCUCUUUUUUUCUUGGCGAGGAUCGAGUUAUUCUUCAUCUAAACAGGAAUAUAUAAACUACAAUAACAUGUCGUUAAGCUACGUAGCUUAACUACAUUUCCUCGUAAAUAAAAAUUUGCUUAUAGUGGAGUUAAUGCCAGGCCCAUAAAAUGCCAACAAUACUCCAUUUAAACUUUGUGACUUGAAUAUUAACAAGUACUAGUGAUAUUGUUAUUAUAAGUGCUAACGCAGACGGACUAUUUUUAGCGUUGUGCAAGAAAAAAAAAAUAUUAGCAUAUUUACUUCAUUUUUGGCCAAAAUUAAGCUAAGCUACGUAGCUUAACUAUGUUUUCCAGUAACUUGGCGGUAGCUUAGCUACUUUUAAAACUUUUUUUAGCUGGAACAAGCUACAUGUAGCUAAGCUACGAAACUUAACUAAGUUUUCCAGUAGCUUGGCGGUAGCUUAGCUACUUUUUAACUUUUUUAGCACUAAGAAGCUGCGUGUAGUUAAGCUACGUAGCCUAACUACGUUUUCCAGUAGCUUGGCGGUAGCUUAGCUACUUUUAAAAAAUGUUUAGCGUCGCGCUUCAGAAUUUGUAACUAUAUGUAGCUAAGCGCCGAGCUUAACUACAUCUCCCAGUAGCUUGUCCGUAGCUUAGCUAUUUUUUUAACGAGUAUCUUUUCCAGUAGCUUAUCUACUUUUAGAGCCACGACGUGAGGUUGCUAAGUGAAUAUAUCUACUUUCACUGAUGGCCAGUAACAAGCUACAUGUAGCUAAGCUCCGAGCUUAACUACAUUUUCUAGUAAGUAGCUAAGCUACGAAGCUUAACUACAUCUCCCAGUAGUUUGGCGAUAUCUUAGAUACUUUUUUAACGAGCAGCUUUUCCUGUAGCUUAGCUACUUUUAGUGCCAUGGAGCGAGAUAGCUUACAAAGAGAGAAAAUUAACUGUGAAUCCAAGCCCAAAAAAAUAUGUAGAACAUCCAUACAUACGGAGAACAUCUAUGAUGAUUGGUUGGUGUUCGUAUGAUGAGUCACAAUUGGUUAAGGUUAGGGCCAAACAUUACGGACUGGCCAAUCAGAGGCAAAAUAAGGCGGGUCAUCAAAACUGGUAAACAAAAUCUAAAAUUAGCUACAUUUAAUGGAGAGUAAUCUUUAGCUUAGUUACAUUUAAUGGAGAGUAACUUGUAGCUUAGCUACAUUUAAUGGGGAGUAACUUGUAGCUUAGUUACAUUUAAUGGAGAGUAACUUGUAUCUUAGUUACAUUUAAGGGAGAGUAACUUGUAGCUUUGCUACAUUUAGUGGAGAGUAACUUGUAGCUUAGUUACAUUUAAUGGAGAGUAACUUGUAGCUUAGUUACAUUUAAUGGAGAGUAACUUGUAGCUUAGUUACAUUUAAUGGAGAGUAACUUGUAACUUAGCUACAUUUAAUGGAGAGUAACUUGUAGCUUAGUUACAUUUAAUGGAGAGUAACUUGUAGCUUAGUUACAUUUAAUGGAGAGUAACUUGUAGCUUAGUUACAUUUAAGUGAGAGUAACUUGUAGCUUAGCUACAUUUAAUGGAGAGUAACAUAUAGCUUAGUUACAUUUAUUGGACAGUAACUUGUAGCUUGGUUACAUUUAAUGGACAGUAACUUGUACCUUAGUUACAUUUAAGGGAGAGUAACUUGUAGCUUAGUUACAUUUAAUGGAGAGUAACUUGUAGCUUAGCUACAUUUAAUGGAGAGUAACUUGUAGCUUAGUUACAUUUAAGGGAGAGUAACUUGUAGCUUAGUUACAUUUAAUGGAGAGUAACAUAUAGCUUAGUUACAUUUAUUGGACAGUAACUUGUACCUUAGUUACAUUUAAGGGAGAGUAACUUGUAGCUUAGCUACAUUUAAUGGAGAGUAACUCGUAGCUUAGCUACAUUUAAUGGAGUGUAACUUGUAGCUUAGCUUGCUACAUUUUCCAAGUAGUUUGCCUGGUCGCUGUCAACACUAACAGUAGGCAUCCCGACAGCAGAUCUUGUACAGUAAGUGAUUUUUUUCUUGUGUGUUGACUCUCAUGAAGUCUGCAGUGAGUAAUAAUCGGUCGGAAAUAGCGAAGGUUUUGGAAAAAAUGCGUUGCCGUACGCUGAACAGAUCAAAAUAUCCAUCCAUCCGUCCAUCUUCUUCCGCUUAUCCGAGGUCGGGUCGCGGGGGCCGCAGCCUAAGCAGGGAAGCCCAGACUUCCCUCUCCCAAAAUCAGAUCAAUAUCAAAAUAUGUAAACUAUAAAAAUUGGGAUCCAUUACCUCCCUGCUUUGCAAUCGGCAUCAAGGCUUGGAAUUGGAGGUUAAAUCACCAAAAAUGAUUCCCGGGCGCGGCCACCGCUGCUGCUCACUGCUCCCCUCGCCUCCCAGGGGGUGAUCAAAGGUGAUGGGUCAAAUGCAGAGAAUAAUUUCGCCACACUUGGUGUGUGUGUGACAAUAAACGGUACGUUAACGUUAAUGUUAUAGAUAUAUUACAUUACAGUGUACAUUUAAAACCUUAAUUAAGGGCUUUUUUAUGUUCUAGAGCGCUUUACAGGCAGAUUAGAGCAACAUGGCAUCUAUUUACUCGUUAGAAUGCAUAAAAAAAAAUGAAAAACAAACGUGUGCUGGUCUGUCGUUUUGGCUUGUGCUGCCCUUUGAGACACGUGAUUUAGGGCUAUAUAAGUCAACUUUGAUUGAUUGAUUGAUUACAUGAGGAGGGUAAACCAAAUGCAAAAUUAAAAAAGAAAAGUGUAGUCGACCUUUAGAAAAAGAGAGAAGAGAUUAGAAGUGCCUUUUGUCGUCGUUGUUGUUGCUGCCAACAUGCGUCACCUUUUCUCAGCGUGUGUGUGUGUGUGUGUGUGUGUGUGUGUGUGUGUGUGUGUGUGUGUGUGUGUGUGUGUGUGUGUGUGUGUGUGUGUGUGUGUGUGUGUGUGUGUGUGUGUGUGUGUGUGCGCGCGCGUGCGUGUGUUCUGGCAAUUCAGACUUAAUGGGGACAUGGCUCUGUUUACACCAGGGGUGUCCAAACCUUUUCCACUGAGGGCCGCACACUGAAAAAUCUGAGCAAGUGGGGGCCAUUUUCAUAUUUUUUAUUUUAAAAACCAAUACAUUAUAUGUUUAAAAAAAUAUACAUUUAGGCCUCCACUCAGUUAUGAUCCCGGGGACCCCAAAGGGUUUUGGAUAAAAAAUAUAUAAAAAAUGUGUCAUUAUUCAGUAUUAUAAUUUUUAUUAAUAUGCAAGUUUUAAAUCUGUAGAUCAACAUUAGAAGAAAAAAAAGGAAAAAACACAAAAUAUGCAAUAUCUUCACCCAAUAACUCUUUUAGGUGGAAAAUUUGAGAUUAUAUAAUAAUUACAGCCUUAAUUUUGGAUUUUGAUUCAUUAUUAUUUUUUGAACAAUGACACUUAAAAACAAAUCACACUAAAAUAAUUGGGGAUCCAAAAGUGUCCUACUUAUUAAAGUGUUAAAAAAGAAAUUACCGUAUUUCCUUGAAUUGCCGCCGGGGCGCUAAUUAAUUUAAAACCUCUUCUCACUCCUGCACUUACCAAAGGCAUGCGGUAAAAGUAAGCAUGCGCUAAUUAUUUUAAAACCUCUUCUCAGUCUGGCACUUACCAAAGGCAUGCAGUAAAAAUUUGAGUGUGAUGUAAGCUUGGACCCUAAAUCCUACUGAAUAGCUCUUAAUCUUGUUCCCUUUAUGCAAAUUUCUAAUUACCGGUAUUGAAAUCAGCCUCCUCCAUUUUGAAAAUGAUGACAGGGGAAGUGUCACGAGUUUGACCAGGCGGUAAAACUAAGCAUGCGCUAAUUAUUUUGCGAAGCGAGUUUGACCCGGCAGUAAUUCAAGGCAGGCGCAUACUUUAUGCCCUGCGGCAAUUCAAGGACAUACGGUAUAUCCGUCAAUUUUAAGUUUUAUUGUUGUUUAUGUUCUGUUUGUUUGUUUUGGGCCCUUCUUAAAAAAAACAGCUCAGUUUUUUAUAUGGUAAAACACAAAAUAUGCAACAUUUUCCCCAAAAAAUAUCUCAAAGUGGAAUAUUUAAUGUAACGUCAUUGAAGCCUUGCACUAAUAAUAAUAAUAAUUCAAAAUAACAUUGAUUUUGAUUCAUUAUUAUGUUUUAAAGAAAGAAACAGCCUGCAUGGCAGCUGUGUGUUAUUAGAGUAAAUAUUGCAACAAUUUCUUGUUACAUUUCACCUGUUUGCUCUUUUAUAUCACUUUUUUAUGUUUUUAUUUUUUUCAAUUGUAUUCUUAAAAUGUGCCGUGGGGGCCGUUAAAAAAUGACCCCCCGGGCCGCACUUUGGACACCCCUGGUUUACACCAGGGGACCUCUGACGGUAUGGGGACAAAAAACAGGUCCUUUAAAGGGAAACCUUCUUAAAUGAUAAUCAGAUCCAUUCUGAAGAUGCCUCAGUGAUUUUUAAGCUUUGGCCCAUAAAACAUGUUUACUAGUUAGUUUAAGAGUGAGACUUUUAAACUUCUCUACUUGAUGCAUAUAAUCCCAGCAGUAUGAUGAUUCUAUGUGUCUACAUUAAAACAUUCUUCUUCAUACUGCAUUAAUAUAUGCUACUUUUAAACUUGCAACAAUAAUUAAGUCAAUUGACCAAAAGUGUAUUUAUUAAACAGUUAUUAAGCAGUGGCACAAACAUUCAUGUCAUUUCCAAAACAGAAAGUGCAAGAUUGUCAGAGACAUUUUAAAACAAGCUAUGAGUGCACUUUUGUGCAUGAUGUCACUAAGAUGACAUAUCAAAACAACACUGAAUUAAAGUGCACCUUUUGUACAGAACACCGCUUCAAUAGUUUAAAACAAAUAAAGUGCACUUUUGUGCAUGAUGUCACACAAGAUAUUUCAAUAACUGUCAAAUAAAAAUGAGCUGCUUAAUAGAAAAUCAAAUAUUGUUCGUCCUUCGCUAUGUGGUAGGUUCCUGCGGACAUUAUCUCCUUUUGUUGUUGACUAUUUUUUUUCCUACCGUGUUGAUGUGGAAAUGUUUGCCUCUGCAUUUUGAUGGAGAUGUUGACAUGCGGAGUAAACACUCUUCAUUCUCCAGCGGGGGACUUUUCAAUUGAUGCUACAUAUUAGCAGUAAUGCUACUUUUUGUCGCACUUGACAAAUUACGGUUGUCUGUUCGACAUAUUCCCGCUUGAAGCCGAACCACCGCCAGACGAUGGACCCCCUGCUGUUUUUAUUGGGAAUUAAUUCUUCCUUCAUUUGUUACCAGAUUCGCACCUCUCCACUAGCAUCACAGCUAACGUUACCCAUGCUGCUACCUCUCAGCUCCGCGAGGGCGUAUACGUAUGUGAGGUAUGUAAGAAGGUGCGCUUGCUGUCUCUGAGAAGGAGAGUGAGAAGAGCCAGUAGUGUAAUGCCCGCAGCUAAAAGCAACUGCGUGAGAACGUAUACUCCAAUAUCACCAUAUAGUCAUUUUCUAUAUCGCACAGAGACAAACCCGCGAUAUAUCGAGUAUAUCGAUAAAUCGCCCAGCCCUACUCAGUAGUCAGGUACAAAUUUGUGUGAAUUAUGCAAAAUUAUUUAAAUUUGGUCCCCAUGAACCAUAUGAGCUCUCUUCCCCCAGGGUCCCCAGUAAGUAUGAUCAUCACAUUACUUCAUCAAUCCAGAGAUUUAAAGAUGUGUAUGAGAUAACUGGGCAGUGGCCAUUUUGCAAAAUAAAUGUAUGCCUCCACAACCUGUAGAAAGGGUGGUCCCCACAAGUUCAGAUCAACAACUUGAUCCCCACAAGUUCAGAUCAACAACUUGGUCCCCACAAGUUCAGAUCAACAACUUGGUCCCCACAAGUUCAGAUCAACAACUUGGUCCCCACAAGUUCAGAUCAACAACUUGGUCCCCACAAGUUCAGAUCAACAACUUGGUCCCCACAAGUUCAGAUCAACAACUUGGUCCCCACAAGUUCAGAUCAACAACUAGGUCCCCAUUUUGUACGAUAACCGGUAUGUGUGUGUGUGUGUGUGUGUGUGUGCGCGUGUGUGUGUGUGUGUAUGUGUGUCGUUUGUUGUUUAGUAAGACUUUCUUUACGAGGGCGUGACCGUAGCCCCCUGCUCUCUCACUUUGCACACUUUGUCGUGGAUUCGCUCCCACUCAAGACUCCAGUGUGACCAGCCCACACCCAGUGUCGCUGUCACGCAUCUGAUAAGCUCAAGCACACAUUCGUGGCACCUUCGUCCCACGCGUCACCCAUCCGUCGUCGGGUUGGUCGGACCAACCCUCGAGAGCACUUUUUUUUUUUUUGGUCAGUUCCGCACGCAAAGAAGUGGUCUCUGAAAAGCUCAGUCCUCCACACUUUGGUUUAAAGGGGAACAUUAUCAUCAGACCUAUGUAAGCGUCAAUAUAUACCUUGAUGUUGCAGAGAAAAAACGAUAUGUUUUUUUAACCGAUUUCCGAACUUUAAAAGGGUAAAUUUGGCGAUUUAAACGCCUUUCAAUUGAUAGCCUGUCGAGCGAUGACCUUUCAGCCGUGACGUCACAACCUGAAGCAAUCCGCCAUUUUCUCAAUCUUAUUAGUCAAAUCAGCUCUGUUAAUUUUCCGAUAUCCACACCAGAUUGUGUAGAUAUCCUGCGACACUCAAAGCAGAUGCAUUUCCACCGAUAAAGUCAACGAAAUCUGCAAUAUUGGAAAAUAGUCCACCGCUGAAUCCGCCCGAGUGCGAGGUAUUUAGGGACGACGGCAGUCUCUUCCCGCAGACGAGCGAGGUAAACCCCCUGGAUAUGUUGGCUAAGAUGUGAUUUAUGCCACUUCUUUUUCCGUCUCAUUUUGUCCACCAAACUUAUAAGGUUGUGCAUGAAUGCACAAAGGUGAGUUUUGUUGUUAUUUACUUAUGUGGAGUGAUAAUCAGACAUAUUUGGUCACGGCUUGACUGCAAGCUAAUCGAUGCUAACAUGCUAUUUAGGCUAGCUGUAUGUACAUAUUGCAUCAUUAUGCCUCAUUUGUAGCUAUAUUUGCAUCCAGCCUUUCCCUCCACCCACAUUUAAUGCCAAACAAACACAUACCAAUCAUUGGUUAGAAGGCGAUCGCCGAAUUCGUCCGCGUUUCCUCCCGUGCCGCUGUCUGUCGUGAUAUGGCUCAAUAGCUACAGUUUCUUCUUCAAUUUCGUUUUGGCAACUUGACUCCACACUCCAACUGAAUCCGAACUAAUAUACCUUUCUGUGCUAUCCGCCAUGUUUGUUUCUGUGUGGUCACGCUGUGACGUCACAGGAUAAUGGACGGGUGGAUAUAACGACGGUUAAAAUCAGGCACUUUGAAGCCGUUUUUCGGGAUAUUGCGUGAUGGGUAAAAUUUUGAUAAAAACUUCGAAAAAUAAAAUAAGCCACUGGGAACUGAUUUUUAUUGGUUUUAAUCCUUCAGAAAUUGGGAUAAUGUUCCCCUUUAAGGAUCACCGUAGUCCAGGCGCAGUUUAACUCUGGCGACAUGGACUUUGAUCCAUGCCAAACAAGACCAGGUCCCCUAAAUAAUACAUUUAUUGAGAGAGCGGCGUCCGAUUUCCCGAUGCAGCACAAGAAUAUCAAAAGUUGUUUGAUUUCAGUAGUUCAAUUCAGACCAAGACACCAGUUGUCUGUCCAUUCACUGAUUGGAAGGUAAACCAGUCGUUCACGGUACAGUCGUCCCUCAGAGUUUGCGGCCUCACUGUAUCGUGGAUUUCAAAAAAUAUAUUUUCUAGGCAAAAUGUGUGAGGUUUAGGUCUAAAUUAAGCAUAAAAAUAGCUAAAUUGAAUAAAAAUGUCAACACUGCAGUAGUAUGGGAAACUAGAUGAGACCAAGUCAAUCGGAGCAGGCUGUUUAGUAUCGUGGUCACUGAUUGGCUCAGCCUCAUACAGCAU